CAUUUGGGGGAUAUCUGUACUGUUCUGACAUUUGGGGGAUAUCUGUAUUGUCCUGACAUUUGGGGGGAUAUCUGUACUGUCCUGAAAUUUGGGGGAUAUCUGUACUGUCCUGACAUUUGGGGGAUAUCUGUACUGUCCUGACAUUUGGGGGAUAUCUGUACUGUUCUGACAUUUGGGGGAUAUCUGUACCAUCCUGACAUUUGGGGAUAUCUGUACUGUCCUGACAUUUGGGGGAUAUCUGUACCGUUCUGACAUUUGGGGGAUAUCUGUACCGUCCUGACAUUUGGGGGAUAUCUGU